UACUUCAUCCUCGGCAAUCAUGUCCUACUCCGAUGAUGCGGUCCGUGGAAAGCUCGACUACCUCGAACCGACCCAAGACAGCAUUGUGACCGUCGCGCAAUGGAUCAUGUUCCACCGACGACACGCAGACCGCACUGCAGCACUCUGGCUGGCACGACUACAAGACACGCCCAGCUCCUCCAAGCGUCUCAAUCUGAUCUACCUCGCCAAUGAAGUCGUACAGCAAUCGCGUGCACGUUCAAAACAAGACUUUCUUCUCGCGUUUGAGCCAUUGAUCGCAGAUGCGACAGCGUUGGCAUACAAGGGUGCGAGUCAAGACAUGCAAGGGAAGCUGAGGAGAGUGGUCGAGGUCUGGCGGCAGAGGAGCAUUUUCGAUCCGAGAAUUCAGGAGCAACUGGAAAAGAGGUGUGAUGAACUCGACAAGAGCAAGUCAUCAGGGAAGACACUAGGAGGAGGCGCGAGAUUGGGAGGCAGUCUGUUUGGAGGAGGUGGUAUUGCACCGGAGCUGGAAGCUAUCAACAAGAGCCAGGUGGCCACAAGCAAGGCCGAGUCGUCUGCACAAACGCCAGUCGCAAACGCAAAUAACGAGUAUGCGAAAAUGACUGAUCCUGCGACACCUGUGCCAAGUGCUCCAGUCCGAGCGGCUAAGCUACGCGGUUUGGUGAAGGAGCUGAUGGCGGCACAAGGAGCGGUGCAAGCGAGUUUGCAGGCGCGAAGAGAGCUGGUAUCAGGCUUGGAGAGGCUGUUGGAAUCGAACCGGGCGAAGGUAUCCGAGGAGGAAGCCAGCGCAGCAGACUUGACCAAUCGCAUCGAAACGAUGGAAGGUACCAUUCGCGAUGUUGAGGAUAGCAUCAUGCGCGGACAGGACGUCCCGUCUCACGACCAUGGCAUGACUAACGGCGAAGAAGACUGGAAUCAACGUCCUGACAUGGAGGAAUUCACACCACCGCCUCCAGAUACCGAAACG